ACUCGAUAUCGAGAUAGGAAAUAAUCACAGUAAGGGAGAGUUCCUUCCUUCCAUCAGAGUAGCCCCGUGUUUUGACGCCAUUCUCCCGCGCACGUGUUAAGAAUCCAAUCGAAUCACGUGUGAAAGCAGUCAUACUUGCGAAAAACUAAAAAUCGAUUUCCCGACUAUAAUCCCCGUCGUCACCUGUGUCUGGUCUGAAGGUUUCCAUCUACUUGGCGCCCUGUUCACCAAGGCAACUGCUUACUGUGGUUUGUCUCGCAUUUGCAUUGUCUGUUGUGUAUUUUGCGUGGCCUUCUUCGUUCUUCAUUGUCCGCCCUUGCGCCGCAAAAAUCGAUUAAACUUUAAUUAGUACAGUAACCGCGUUGGCUCCAAUCGAAGUGGUCCGGAUUCCGGGAUGAGUAAAUCUCCGUCGUCGGAGACGACCAGCGAGACGCAAAGCGUCAGCGACGAGUCCAUUGCCGCUUCCGUGGUCAACUCGUCGUCAAGUGCCCCGAUAAGGUCCAAUGUCGCCAAGACGGCAACCACGGCCAAGAAGCCCGCGAAGGAAGAACCGAAGGAGCGUCCUCCGUGGCGUCCGGCCAGCGUCGCCAGCGUGGUUCCGACCGUUCCGAAGCCCGACUUGCGGGCCAGAAUUUUGGACGUGUCCAAACGGCUGCGUCGCGUGAAUGCGUCCGCCCAAACCGAUCCGGUGCAUACGAAGCUCAUGAAGGAAGUUUCUACCGAUGAACCCAAAGACCUUAUUCCGAUGGUCGAUGAGGAGAUUCUUACCGACGGCAAUCUGGUGAUUCGCGAAAUAGGAAAUUUUAUCCUGACGCAUUCGGUAGCGCAGAUGACGGAAUCGGUUCCAACCUUGGACGCAGCAACACAGACGGCUCUUCCUCGAAGCGGCAUUUCUUUCCGGAAGUUUUUGGAUUCUGGAGCAGGGGACGGUCCGGCUCCGAAGGUUGUAAUAGACGAGGCACCCAGUGAAAAAGGCGUUGAAACGUCGUCCAGUUUGGAAGAAUUGAUCAAAAUGGACGAGAAGAUCAAACAGUUCUUCAGGACUUCGGACUUGGAAGAGCUGGAAAACCUGGAUGACAUGGAAUCCAGCCAUAGCAACGACAGUAUCAAAGAGCAACCUACCCCGGAUCUACUGGCCGGUUCGUCCCAGGACGCAGCCCAGCACAAAUCGCGAUUCCUGGAACCUCCGGCUUUCAACUCCUGGCAGAAUUUGGACUUUUCGGACGAAGAGUCGGAACACUACGUUCGCCGGGAACUACCGCGGCGCUCAAUCGGUGAGGGCAAUCGACCGUGGGCCGAGUUCAAAGACCUGGUGAUCGGAUCGCGGUUGGCCAACAUGCGGCUUUCGCCGAUACCACCGCGACGGCCACGUCCUAACAAGAAAACUGUCACAUGGAGUGACACCCAGCACCGAGCCGUGUCGGAUCUGCUCCACGAGGCUACUGCGCUGGUAGACAUGUUCGACCACGUCUCGAUGUUGCUUGGGCCGGACAUAAAGCUGCAUUCGAUCCCACCGCAGGAAGACUUCAAGCUGCCGCCGCCCAAGUGGGAACCCCUGCUGACCAAGUCUUGUGAUCUGCUGGAGGAGAAGUUGGCGAAAGUUCGGCAUCUGACGUUCGAAGAUCUGGACAAUGAUUUGCUGUUGCAGCCAGUCAAGACGCAGCCAAUCAACGACUUGGAGGUGACAUUGUAAAAUCAGAAUCAGCCUCGAUCUUAAAAUUUCUUUAUUCAGUUUCUCAAACUUAACAGAUCUGUGUAAUGCUUGUAUGUAUGUGUCUCGAUGUUUGUAAUACAAUGAAACAAUGACGUAACUUG